CCGGAGUGUUUUCAGGUGGUUUCGUAAUUUUCAGAUGUCCUUUCUUUGCAAAAAAAGAAAAAGCAAAACAGGAUUCGUUGACUUGUCUAAAACCGGAGUGUUUUCAGGAGGUUUCGGAGCCCUUCGCAGCUUUAGUUCCUUCUCACAAAUGGCUUCAUCGUUGUCACCAUCUUCUUUUUCAACACAAAAGCGGAAAUACGAAGUGUUUCUUAGUUUUAGGGGUGAGGAUACCCGUAAUUUUACUGACCAUCUAUAUGAUGUGUUGAAUCGAAGGGGCAUUGUUACUUUUAGGGGUGAAGGAGGACUCAAGAGAGGAAAACCUAUUUCUAAGCUCUUCAAAGCAAUAGAAGUAUCACAAUUUGCUAUAAUUAUUUUCUCAAAAAACUAUGCAUCUUCUACGUGGUGCUUGGAUGAACUUGCCAAGAUUGUCAAAUGCAGGAAAGAAACAGGACUAAUAGUUUUGCCAGUUUUUUAUGAUGUGGAACCAUCUUGUGUACGUAAACAAAUGGGGACUUUCAAACAAGCCUUUAUUGAUCACCAAAAAUGCUUUGAAGAUAACAUAGAGAAAGUGGAAACAUGGAGAGCUGCUUUAAUAGAAAUGACUAUUAUCUCUGGUUGGCAUCUACAAAAUAGGUAA